AUGAGUGAUGAAUCAACUGAGGUAGCUAAGGUGGAUGAAUCCAAGUUAAUGGAUUCCAGUCACCUCUAUUAUCUUCAUUCAUCAGAUUUCCCUGGUAUGAAUCUGGUGAAUUUCACUUUUGAUGGCAAAGGGUAUGGAGGCUGGCGUAGGUCAGUUCUCAUUGCUUUAUCAGCCAAAAAUAAAAUAGAUUUUAUAGAUGGCACAUGUAAAGUACCUGCUAUUGAUUCCACAGAUCACAAAUUGUGGAGCAGGUGUAAUGACAUAGUGUUGUCUUGGCUCUUAAAUUCACUUUCAAAAGAAAUUUUUGAUAGUGUGAUAUACUCAAAAACUGCUAAAGCUUUAUGGACAUACCUUGAAGAAAGGUUUGGUCAAUCAAAUGGGGCUAAAUUAUACCAUCUCCAAAAGGAACUAAGUGAUUUAGUUCAGGGAUCUAAUGAUAUAGCAACAUAUUUUACCAAGUUGAAGAAACUUUGGGAUGAACUAGACACUCUUAAUGCUGACAUAAACUGUGGGUGUAACUGUAGCUGUGGAGGAAAGGACAAACUGACCAAAUCUAUACAAGAUGAGAGACUUAUGCAUUUUCUGAUGGGUCUAAAUGAUUCAUAUGCAUCAGUUAGAGGAAAUAUGUUGAUUAUCUCACCUCUCCCUAAUGGAACAAUCAACAAUUUUCACAGGAGCAGUUCAGUGAAUUGGUUCAUCUUUUGCAAUAGGUUAAAGUUAGCUAAUCAGGUCCUACAAGUUCAGAUGCAGAAGCUGUUGCCAACAGUGUAG